AGAGAGAGAGACAGAGCUGAGCUGCCACUAUCCGCGUCGAGUGUGUAACAGCAAUAGCGGACGCCGCCUCUGGUCCUCCCUUUAUUCCCAUUCAUUUUCUAUUUUUCUCGUUUGUUUCAGUCCCCUUUUUUGUAGCCGGCCCGGAGAAAUGUCCGCCAGACCAGGAUUUUACCGUCAAGAGCUGAACAAGACAGUGUGGGAGGUUCCAGAACGGUAUCAGAACCUGACGCCGGUGGGCUCCGGAGCCUACGGCUCGGUAUGUUCGGCGUAUGAUGUUGUCUUAAGGCAGAAGGUCGCAGUAAAGAAACUGUCCAGGCCUUUUCAGUCUCUGAUCCACAGCCGACGCUCGUACCGGGAACUGAGGCUGCUCAAGCACAUGAAACAUGAGAAUGUAAUAGGCCUCCUGGAUGUCUUCACACCUGCGGCAAAAUUAGAGGACUUCAAUGAACUCUACCUGGUGACUAACCUGAUGGGCGCAGACCUCAAUAACAUUGUUAAGUUCCAAAGGCUGUCAGACGAGCACGUACAGUUCUUAAUUUAUCAGCUUCUACGUGGCCUCAAGUACAUCCAUUCAGCGGGAUUGAUCCACAGAGACCUCAAACCAAGUAAUGUGGCAGUGAACGAGGACUGCGAGCUCAGGAUUCUUGACUUUGGAUUGGCCAGACAGACAGACGAUGAGAUGACAGGGUAUGUGGCGACUCGAUGGUAUCGGGCACCGGAGAUCAUGCUGAACUGGAUGCACUACAAUCAGAAUGUUGACAUUUGGUCGGUGGGUUGCAUUAUGGGGGAGCUGCUGAAAGGGAAAGUCCUUUUUCCUGGCACUGACUAUAUUGACCAAUUGAAGAGAAUCAUGGAGAUAGUUGGGACUCCGACGCCUGACCUGUUGAAGAAGAUCUGCUCUGAACAUGCACAGAAGUACAUCCAGUCCCUUCCCUUUAUGCCUCAGCAGGACCUGGAGAAGAUCUUUAGAGGAGCAAAUCCACUAGCUGUGGAUCUUCUGAAGCGGAUGCUGGUUCUGGACUGCGAUGGGAGGAUUUCAGCAAGCGAGGCUCUGUCCCACCCAUACUUCUCACAGUACCAUGAUCCAGACGAUGAGCCAGAGGCCCCGCCUUAUGACCAAACGCUGGAAAGUAAAGAUAGAACUCUGGAAGAAUGGAAAGAAUUGGUGUUUGAAGAGGUGAACAGCGUCAAAGCUUCUGGCGGCAAGACGGAUAGCCUCCAGGCGGAGCAGUAAACCUCUCUCACUCUAGCUGAACCUUUUCCUACAGAAGGACCAUGUACUCAAUAAGUGGGAGAAGGACCGUGGAAAGACAACUUAAGAAAACUCUGCACUGUGUUUGAUCGCCUGCCAUGAGUUCAUUGGAGGAGCGGGGCAGGAUGGUCUUCAAAAAAAAAAAAAAUCCAACGCACACAUCGCUAUUACAGGGAGGUUGAAGCAUCUGAUAGAAGGCGCUUUCCAGUCCCCGAAAGUUGCUCCCUCUUAUGUUUCCGCACAAAUGAGGAACUUUUCAUCGUGGCUACGUCGGGGAUCACAGACAUGACGACGCAUGCGAGGCAGCAACUUCUCAGAACGUAACUGUGUUUACAGACUGAAAGAAGGGUAUCACAUGAAGGGGAAAAAAACGCACACUAGGAUUUCCAAAGCAAGACAGACCGCUAUCUGGUCCCUCAUCAAGACUAAGUCACUGCUUUCAUAUAUGGAGUUAAUGUCCUAAGGCUUGCAGCAACGCCACAUCAUAUCCCAGAACACCUAAGCCUGCAUAAUACUGCAUGAUUUCUUUGCAUUUAAUCACAACAUGAUAUUACAGAUGCUGUAUUAUAACCAUAAAGACUGCUUAUUGUAUCUGCCCCUCUGGUGUCAAACAAGCCUGUGUGACCAACUUUCAAUCUAUUUUAUCUUUUAUAAUUUCCGCAGACUUAAAAAAUAAUGACACACGAGCAAACAGAAACUAUUGUUCUCAUCCUCUCCUUCUCACAGAACAGGAAACUCCAACUGUGCUGUUAAUUAGCAAAGUAAUGAAUAUUAUGCCAAAGCUGGAACAGAGUGGCUUGUGCUGCAGGUCUGUGUUUACAGAGUGACCACGCUCAUCAUACAGUUUUUCACUGAUGGCUGAUUUCUGAUCACCUGUCUUGUUUGCAGAGCUAUAUCUGGUUUUCAUUACUCUCUGAGACGCGUUUUGCAGGCCCUGUCAUUGUUUACAAUAAGAAAGAUUACAGGCAUUUUGUAAUUUGAUAGAUACAGUUCCUAGCAAUGUGUGUACAUUGCUGGAUAAUCGUUUAUUUCCCAACUAUUAUUGUUAUGUAAGCAAUGACUGGUUGAACACAUUCCAGGCUGUUGAGUCCCAUAGCAGCCAAGUCACUCCCUGGUUGCGACAAUUACUCUACAGCUUCUUUUUAGUUUGGAUUUCUUUAUUUUUUUUAAUGAUCCUUGCGCAUACCCAUAAGCAUAGGAGAUAUUCUGGACUUGGCCUUGACUGUGGAUUUUUCUGUAAUAGUCCAAUUUAAUAGCCAAAUGCAACAUUAUAAUACCCAUUAUCAAAUUAAGGAAUGUCAUCACAGGUGUCAUUGUAUAAGUAGCACGAGACCGACGCCUACGCAUAUCAUUGCGACAAACGGUUAACUUCCUCACCGACAUUUUGUCGUUCGUUUUACUGCAGGGUGAAGUUUUAGUUCUGCAAACUUUUUGCUGAGGCAGAAAUAAUCUGCUUGUUUUUUAACUGCAGUGUGCAAAGUCAAAUAACCACUAGAUGUCACGCUUAAAAUACUGAAGGUCAUUGAAAAUGUCAAGAGAAAAAAGAGGAUCAAGCUGUGUUUUGUGAAGUAACUAAGAUACUUAAUGGAAAAUGUGUCUAGCAUUAAAGGUCACAUAUUAUACUCCUUUUCAACAAGUUUUAAAUAAGUCUCAGAGCUCCCCAAAACAUGUCUGGGAAGUUGUUUUCCAAAAAUCCACUCUGAUCCUGUAUUUGAUCAUGUCUAUAACCCCUCUAUUUCAGCCCUGCUCAGAACAGGCUCUUUCUGUGUCUGUACCUUUAAAUGUAAAUGAGCUGUGUCUGACCACGCCCCCUCUCUGGAAGGGCUUGGGUGGCUCAGGCUUUCUCGCUCCAUUUCCUAUCGUUUACGAUGAGAAGGCAGACUCAGAGGGCAGAACAAACACCUAGCUGUGGGAGUGUCCCCCACCUGGGGGAGGGGUUAGUGCCCUUUGUGAUGUCAUGAAGGGAAAAUCUCCAAACGGCCUGUUUGAGCACACAUUUUCUGAAAAGUGGAGCAGGCAGAAGACGGAGAGGAUGGACUUUUCUCAUAACUGGGGGGUUUGUAGACAGACUAGGGACACAUUAGUGUUAAAAAAACAUGGUAAAGUGUAUUAUGCAUAAUAUGUGACCUUUAAUUAAUGCAUCUUUGGUAUUAGGAUAAUGCCGUCGAAAUUUUACCAAAUGAAUGUGAAAAGAAACCAUCAAACUAAAUAUUGUAUUUCUCUCUUAAUUCGGUACAAAAUACUGGCAACAUCAGAAUGAGGGAUAUAGUAAAUAGCAGAUUUUUAGUUAAGCUUACGAGUUCAAAAGUAGUGGCAGUGAUUGGUUCAUGAAAUAAACAUGUGAAAGUGAAGUGGCUUUCUUCUCCUCAUGUUUACUAAUGGUUGUCAAACCAGCUUAGUCCACCAAAUGGAUUUGGGUUGAACAAAGAGAGUCCGUUUAGAGCUGUCUGUUGUACAGGUUUGGCUUGACUUUCUUGUUACAAAGAGCAGUUGAAAAUAAUCAGGUUAAUCAGGUUAAACACUUAUAAUACUAAACUGCGUUAUAGAGUAUGGAUGGUUGAUACUGAAGCUAAUGUGAAGGGUGAUGCUGAUAUGCAAUAUCGAAACAAAGGGGGGAAUUUAAGGGAAAUUAGAAGACACUAGACUGUGCUCUGGGAGAAACCAAACUUGUGAAUCGCUUUUUUUGUACUUUCUUACUUAUUAACAUAAUUUAUAUACUUCAAGAUACAGUAACGGCAGGUGUACAGUGGUUAGCUUACCAGACUUAAUGCUAAGUAGCACUAAGUUUUGUUAGCUUAAAAUCUACAGGCAAGCGCUGUUGUGAGCCUAGCUAGCAAGUAAAAUUGGUCUAUUGCAUCACCACCUCACUUUAAAUUCAACCAAUGAGAUUAUUUUUGCCUCAAGUAAACAUUAGUGAUACUAAAAAAUCAAAAACACCAGAAAGGAAACUUACUCAAGCUAUUUUUCCCCCUCAAAUGGUUAACACUGGUGUUCUACAUGUAGUCUAUAGUGCAAGUCGUCCAUUAACACCGAAUGCAAAAUGUUCAAAUUACAAUUCAAAUGGAUCCAAGUUGUCUGUCUAGUCAAUGGGUGUUCAAGCUCUGAAUGUUAGUGUAAUAUGCUUAUGUGGAUGUUGUAUAUGUGGUUGACUUGAAUAGCAAACUGCAAAUCGAAUGUAUAUGUUUACUGUAUGUAUGUUACAAGUAAGAAGUGUCUUUCGACUACCUGGUGGCAUGUGAUUCAUCAGUAGCCAUGAGUUUCAAAUCACUAAAGUGAAUGUCAGCUCUUAGUUUUCAAAGGAUCAUGAUGAUUUUCUCAUUCAACAUCAACGGGUGACAUGACUUGGCUUCAACUGAAUAAAAAAACAUAAUUUCUGUUUGUCAA